UGUUGACGCGGUCAUUUGACAUUUUCAAUCACUUUCACACAAAAUUUUUGUCUGUACAAAAUUUGUCGCAGUUUUAAAUUAAAAAAAUUAUUUGAAAAUAAUGGAGAAGUUCGCAACAGAAAAUUUAAUCCUCCUGGAAUUCCUUGUGGACCAGAUCAACAUGGACUACGAUGUGCAGAAGGAAGUGUCUAAUAUUAUGGGGGAAACAUGCGUCUCCUUUCAAUUUUUGGACAACGCCCCUCUUUUAAUAUGCGAACAAGAUUUUGCUAAUAAGCAAACAUUGGGCGCCGGAGCCGACCAAAAUGUAAAAAGUGGUAAAUCGUGCUUAUUCUCACUCACUCCCGAUCAAGCGAAAGAUUGUGUUCAAAGUUUUGAUAUAGUUGUUGAAAUUUUUCGAAAAAUGGCGAAAGGUGUCCUUCCUGACCAAGUACCAAUUGGAAAAUCUUUAAUUUCGAUCAUUCCUCUUUUCACGGAGCUUGUGGAUUCAAUUACUUCUUCAGGAGAAACUCCGGCGGCAAAAACACUUAAAGAUUGUUACAAAAUAACUAACGCUAAAGGGGAUGAUGUCGGACAUAUUAGUGUUUAUAUUAGGAUGUCUUGUUUUGGAAAAUUAAUUGUUACGCAAUUUCAAAUGAACCUUGAAGAUAAAUCCGUACAAUUCAAAGCUAAAGAAGGACACUACCUAUUCAAAUACAACAAAGGAAAAGGUGCUGCUGGUGGUGGUGGAAAAGGAGGCAGUGCGUGCGAUGAUUGGCAAAGAAAAAUGCUUCCAUCAAAUCCUAAUGCCACAUGCCCCGCAAACAGUUGCGCUGACGUUAUGAGACAAAGUCAGCAACAACCACAAACACCUCCACAACCAGACCAAGCACCCAAAGAAUGCCCCAUUCGACCGGAUUGUCCAGGUGCUACAGCAAAUAUGGGAGGACAACCCAUGAUGCAACCUCAAGCUGGUCCUCCGCCUGGAGCAGCACAAAAUCCAUCUUGUCCAAUGCAACCGUGUAUUUUCCAACCUGAGAGUCCACCGCCGCAAAUGAUGCCACCGCAAAUGGGUAGCCAAGGAAUGCCACCUUGCGGUAUGCCUCAACAGCAAAUAGGAUCUAUGUCACCAAGUUCCAUGCCGCCGUGUGCGAUGCCUCCUCAAAUGUCACAGAUGCCUCAAUUGCCUUGUGGACCGCAAGGUGGUUUUCCAAUGGGUGGAAUGGGUGGAAUGGGAAUGCCUUACGGAAUGGGUGGUAUGGGUGGAAUGGGUGGAAUGGGUGCAAUGGGUGGAAUGGGUGGUAUGGGAGGAGGAUCUGUUGGAGGUGACGCUCCAUGUAACGAAUGCGGUCGCCAACCGCCGCAAAGCGCUAUACCAGACGAUCCAAGCGCAGCAUACCAAGAAAUCGGAGCUUCAAUGGGAGAAUCCGACGGUUCGUGCGCUUGCGGUAGGGAAGGUUUUGGGAAAAAGAAGAAGCGACAACAAGCGGGUAGCGGUGGAUUCCCACCAUAUCAACAACCUCCACCCUGUAAACCCAAUACGAACCAAGCUUUGGCUAUGAGGGGUGUUCCGGAUCAGUCGGCACCGUUUAGUUUUAAAAUGGCAGGCUGUGGUCAAGCUGCGAACAGUAACGUUAUUGCAAAUCCUCCAACUUGUACCGCUAAAGAUGGGACUGUUUUUACCGAAAUUACCGAUCCGAAUAAGGAGGUGUUCGUAUUAAGAAUUGGGAAGAAAAGCGAAGGUGCUGACAAGAAAAAUAAUUUGGAAUUAGAACUUUGCACUCCAAAAGGUCCAGAUAUUAAGCCGACUCCCAAAAAAGAAACGAGAGAUUCACAAUACGACCCAGCAGAUUGUGGGCCUGCUGGUGGUGGAAAGGGCGGAAAAGGUGGAAAAGGUGGAAAAGGCGGAAAAGGCGGAAAAGGCGGAAAAAAAGGGAAGAAGAAGUAAAGGAUAAUGGUUUAUUAAUUUUGGACGUUUAAAACAAUGGUGUUAUGUAUAAAAUAUAUUUAUUGUCACAAAAUUUUACGUUCUUAAGAAGGGUUCUUAAUGAUAUAUGAAGAUUUGAAUUCUUCUUUCUUAUUAAUUUCUCCAUUAUUAUCAACUUUAAAUGAAUGAUUAGAUAAAAUAAGUGCAAAAUAA